AACAGUAACAACACCAACAUGGAGUGGGUUUGAAGAAUGCGUUGGCAUUUCCUCUUUUCUUUCUUCCUUCCUUCUCAGAGCCUCUCAUCUUCCCUACCCACCUCCACCAUCUCUCCCACGAAAACCAUACCAAAAUCUUUGCACUUUCUUCUUCCAUUCACACCCCUAUUAGGGACAGCAAGGAAAAUUUAGAGAAACAAAAGGCAUUGAUAGCUAUUUCCUACCCUCCAAACCCCUUCCUUCAAUCCAACUCCACAUCGCAACGUUGUUCAUCAUUGGGUCUUAAUUUCCUUUUCGACCCACGAAUUCCUCAAAAGGGUCAAUUUCCCCACAAAAAUACAACCCUUGUGGAAAAAAGGUUGUUUCUUGACUCAAAUUUCUGCCCCAAAAUAGUAGAAAAUGACUGAGGUCCUCCAAUCAUCUCCUUCUUACUUCUCUUCACCUUCAAGCUCCAUGUCCUCCCCAUGUUCCCACAAUGAUGGGUCACACCCGCAUGCCCUUAUUAACAGUGGUUUAGCCAAUGGGGAGGACAGAUUGCAAGAAAUUGACUCAGAGGGUGGACGUGGGGAGAGGAAGGAGAGGGACAGGGAAGGGGAUCAGCUGUCGCUUUUGACACUGUUGGUCGCCGCCGUUAGGAAAUCUUUAAUUGGGUGUAGUGUUUCUGCUGGUAAAGAGUUUUGCUCUAUGGAGAUUGGGGUGCCCACCAAUGUUAGGCAUGUUGCCCAUGUGACGUUUGAUCGGUUCAAUGGGUUUCUCGGUUUGCCGGUUGAGUUUGAGCCGGAGGUUCCCAGGAGGGCUCCUAGUGCCAGUACAACUGUAUUUGGAGUUUCAACAGAAUCUAUGCAGCUUUCAUUUGACUCUAGAGGGAAUAGUGUACCAACAAUACUCCUGCUGAUGCAAAGACACUUGUAUGCCCAAGGAGGCUUGCAGGCAGAAGGAAUUUUCAGAAUUAAUGCUGAUAACAGCCAGGAAGAGUAUGUAAGGGAGCAGCUAAACCGGGGAGUGGUUCCACAUGGGAUAGAUGUGCAUUGCUUGGCAGGUCUUAUCAAGGCCUGGUUUAGAGAACUUCCAAGAGGUGUUUUGGACUCUCUCUCACCAGAUCAGGUGAUGCAAUCUCAGUCAGAAGAGGAGUGUGCUCAGCUUGUUAGGCUCCUUCCGCCAACAGAAGCUGCUCUGCUGGAUUGGGCUAUAAAUUUGAUGGCUGAUGUUGCACAAAUGGAGCAUUUGAACAAAAUGAAUGCACGUAAUGUGGCAAUGGUGUUUGCACCAAACAUGACUCAAAUGUCAGAUCCUUUGACUGCAUUGAUGUAUGUAGUCCAGGUGAUGAAUUUUCUAAAGAUGCUUAUCAUUAAGACACUCAGAGAAAGAGAAGAUUCUAUGGUAGAAUCAGGUCCUGCUUCCCGCCUAGAGCCUUCUGAUAAAAACGGGCACCAAAGCUGUUCACAAGCAUACCCUGAGAAUAAAGAGGAGAGGCUUAACAGUGGAAAUGAAGAAGCAGCCUUUGUUGCUGAAGAACCUGCUACAGAGAGCCCUGUUCAUUCUACUAAAGAGGAAUCUACAAAUGAAGGCAAAUGUCAGAGUCUGCUAAUGUCUAUCGAGAACAUAAUCCCUUCCGGAAAUGAGUGCCUAGUUGAUAACUGCCCUUGUCAUGUUGUUUCCCAAGUAGCCUCUUUAACAAAUGAACUCCGUGAGGGUGGCCUUACAAGUACAAAAGGCAAGAGCAGAAAGGUUCAAUCAAAUGCAAAGCUCAAGAAGGCAUCUACAAAGGUGAAUGAACGACAAAUAAUCUGUGUAGCUGGAGCUGUAGAGAAUAGCCGCAACUACAAGAGAAUGGGGCUUGUAGGCCGACUAAAUUCUCGAGCAGAGCUUUUUGAAGCUUGGAGGUGAACUAAAGGGCAACGAAUGCUGUCCUGUAGAAAAUGGCAUACUCUGUUUCCUUUAGCAGGGGUUGGGGGAGGAGUGUUCUCUAUAUGAUUUCUUAUGUGUUGUUGUAUGUGUUUCACAGUGGAAAUUCUUUAAUCUUUGUUUCACGGCAACAUUUUCCUUAAAAUCUUUUUAACAUUUCUGUUCUUCGUGGGCAAAACAUCAAUAGAAAUUCAUUAACCAA